AUGAACCCCCGUAUCGGAGUCGGCGUCUUCAUCCUUAACGCCCAAGGAAAAUUCAUCCUCGGGCGACGCAAGGGCAGCCACGGCGCUGGAACAUGGGGUCUUCCCGGCGGCCAUCUUGAAUUCGGCGAGUCCUUUGAAGACUGCGCAGCGCGCGAAGUGCUCGAAGAAACGGGCCUGAAUCUGCCCCCGCAGAGCAUCAAGUUCCUGACUGCCACGAACGACGUCAUGGCGGCGGAGGGGAAGCAUUACGUUACUUGUUUCGUGGGAUGUAGGGUUGCUUCUGCUCCUGGGGGAGGUGAGGUGGAAGUGAAGGUCCUCGAACCAGAGAAGUGCGAGGAAUGGCAGUGGGUGAGCUGGGAGGAGAUUGAGCAAUUUGCGGCAGCGCAGAAGACUGCAGAGGAAGAGGGACGGAUGGAUUCGUUUGAAGGAAGGAAGCUGUUCAUGCCGAUUGUGAAUCUGUUCGAGCAGCGGAAGGGGUUUCAUCCGGUUCAUAGCCUGAGUGCAUGA